AUGGUAGGAAAAGCUAGAUCUUCCAAUUUUACCUUAUCUGAAAAGCUUGAUUUGUUAAAGCUUGUGAAGCCAUAUGUUAAAAUUCUGGAAGAACACACUAACAAACAUUCAGUAAUAGUGGAAAAGAAUAGAUGUUGGGAUAUCAUAGCAGUUAACUAUAAUGCAAGUGGAGUAGACCGCCCUCCUCGAACAGCGCAGGGCCUACGCACUCUUUACAAAAGGCUCAAAGAAUAUGCCAAACAGGAGCUAUUGCAGCAAAAAGAGACCCAAUCAGAUUUUAAAAGCAAUAUUUCUGAGCCAACCAAGAAAGUUAUGGAGAUGAUUCCCCAGAUUUCCAGUUUUUGCCUGAUAAGAGACAGGAACCACAUACAAAGUGCAAACUUGGAUGAGGAAGCACAGGCUGGUACAAGUUCACUACAGGUAAUGUUGGACCACCAUCCAGUUGCUAUUACAGUGGAGGUGAAGCAAGAAGAAGACAUUAAGCCCCCUCCUCCACUGGUUUUAAAUUCUCAACAGAGUGAUACUUUAGAGCAAAGAGAAGAACAUGAAUUAGUACAUGUUAUGGAAAGAUCUUUGUCACCGUCACUUUCCUCUGUUGAUAUGAGAAUGACAUCGUCUCCAUCUUCUAUCCCAAGGAGAGAUGAUUUUUUUCGGCAUGAAAGUGGAGAAAAUUUUAGGUCACAGUUAGGGUAUGAUCCUCAGAUUCUGCAAAUGCUGAAAGAGGAGCAUCAGAUAAUUUUAGAAAAUCAAAAAAAUUUUGGAUUAUAUGUUCAGGAGAAGAGGGAUGGAUUGAAAAGAAGGCAGCAGCUAGAGGAAGAGCUGCUAAGAGCAAAAAUUGAAGUGGAGAAGCUGAAAGCAAUUCGCUUACGGCAUGAUCUAUCUGAAUAUAAUAGUCUCUAA